GGGAUUUACACAACACCGCAUAUUCUAACACAUUCUCUGCAGCAAGACCGCUCGGCGAUAGCACAAGACCGAAUCAUCCAUCCUCCGCCACCACUACCAUCAAUCAUGGCUGAUGACGAAGGUGCCUCUCCCAAAGAACUUCUCCUGGAAGCCUGCCGUCGUAACAACACCACCCUCUUGUCUGAAGUCUUUGAGGGCAGCCCCCUCAAUUCCAAUGCCGACGCCAUUGCUGCGUUCCUCAACACCAGCACCGAUGCUCUGGGCGCCAGCGCCCUCCACGUUGCGGCGCACUUCGGCUCCUAUGAAGUGCUAGAUGCAAUAUUGGAUCAGGAAGGAGUUGAGAUCGAUGGGCAAGAUCGAAGAGAGGGAGACACGCCACUGCAUAGCGCCGUGCGGUUCAGCAAUGGCCUCAGCACGGAGGAGCGGGAUCGUGGGCAAGCUGUGGUGGACAUUCUAGUUGAUGCGGGCUGUGACCCGAGGAUACGGAACAAGGCAAAGCUGAAGCCCAUAGAUCUGGUCGAUCCACGUAAUACCGACUUAAGAGCCGCACUGCAGAAAGCUGAACUCGCGAUUUUGGCCUCCAGCGAUCUUGUCAAUGAAGACGAAGACGACGGUCCGGACGGCCCUGGCAGCGAGAGCGACUAGCUUGAUCCAGCGUGCCGGAAGUGACUGUCAUAAUUGAGGCAUAUGCCGCAUAGCGAGGCACUCCUGGUGUGCAGGGCAGGCCCGAUGGGGCCUGCGAGCGACCUCUAGAGUCGCCGAUGAGGACACCAUUGUCCAAGAGCUAUGCAGUACACAACUGUCUGCCUAUUUGCCUCUCGUGUACAGAAAUAGCAUGAAACUCUCACAAAGGAAACUACGAUCACAUGACAGCCGCC